AUGGGGGCUUCCAACAGCAAGUUGGACAGGGUCAUACUGGAGCUCCCGGAUGACGAGCGCUACUUCGGUCUUGAGAAUUUUGGCAACACGUGCUACGCCAACAGCGUGCUGCAGACCCUCUACUUUUGCCGGCCAUUCCGAGACCGGGUCCUGCGCUACGCGGCUGAGAACCCGCCAGGGUAUGGGAACGAGAAUCUGCUGACCUGUCUGGCCGACCUGUUCCUCCAGACCUCUUCUCAGAAGAAAAAAACUGGGUUCUUGAGCCCUAGACGGCUCAUCAACAGAAUCAAGAGCGAGAAUGCGCUGUUCAGCAACUUUAUGCACCAGGAUGCACAUGAGUUCCUUAACUACCUCCUCAAUGAUGUGUCUGAGAUCUUAGCUCGCGAGCAGAAGGCUGCAGCCUCCGCUCCCACCACCCCAAAGUCUAUCCUUACGUUUGGGAGGGGCAAGGAUGGGCGGAGCCCAUCCCUGCAGGAACUGGCCGCUGCCUCGACAGCAAUCACGAGUCGGGAGGAGGAUAUGUUUGAUCUGAGUCUCGAAAUUGAGCCCAAUUGCUCGGUGACGAGCUGCCUCAAGAAGUUCAGCGCAACGGAAGUGCUAGAUGGUGCCGACAAGUUCUUCUGCGACCAGUGCAACAGCCUACAAGAGGCCCAGAAAUUCAUGAGGAUGCGUCAUCUGCCCCAGGUCCUGUGCCUGCAUUUAAAGCGCUUCAAGUACAACGAGCAGCUGGGAAGACUGAGCAAGCUCUCCCACCGGGUGGUCUUCCCCUUUGAGCUCAAGGUGGUCAACACCACCCCGGACUGCCCCGACGCCGACACCUCCUACGACCUCUUUGGCGUGGUCGUGCACAUGGGCGCCCAGCCCAACCACGGGCAUUACGUCGCGCUGGUGAAGAGCUGCGGGCAGUGGGUCUGCUUUGACGAUGACCAGGUCAUCGCCGUGACCGAGGCACAGGUCCAGAGCACGUUUGGACAGCCCUACGACGGUGGGCUGGUGGGGUCAUCAAACGGCGUCGGCGUAGACCAUGGGUACAUCCUCCUGUACCAGCGGAACAGCCCGGCUAGCGAGGCGCCCCUGCCUAUGGACGAGUUGCCCUGA